CCCAGGUUUUUGGGUGUGUGUUUUUUAAAGUUAAAUUAAAAAGGAUCCUUCUUCCACCAACCCCUACACCCCCGGCUUUCCUUGCUUCAGAAACUUUUCUUUCCUGACUGCCAAAAUCUGAAACCCAAGAAUGUCUUUUGAGAGUCUAAAGCUCCUUAUGAUGUGUGGUACUCUCCAGGUGCAGGACCCUUCCCUGGGAUCAUUGAUCUGUUUGGAAGUGGUGGUGGCCUUUGUGAAUACAGGGCGAGCCUCCUGGCCGGACAUGGUUUUGCUGUGCUUGCUCUGGCUUAUUUCAGAUUUGAAGACCUCCCUGAAAGUCUGAAUGUUGUGCACUUGGAGUACUUUGAAGAAGCCGUGGACUUCAUGCUGCAGCAUCCAAAGGUAAAAGGCCCUAGUAUUGGGCUUCUUGGAUUCUCCAAAGGAGGUGACCUGUGUCUCUCAAUGGCCUCUUUCUUGAAGGGCAUCACAGCCACUGUACUUAUCAGUGCCUGUGUGGCCAACACAGUAGCUCCACUGCAUUACAAGGAUAUGAUUAUUCCUGGUCUCGACAGUGACCUAGGGAAACAUACAACCAUGGAGUCAGGACUUUACAGUUUCAUGAAUAUUUGGAACAAUCCACUGGAAGAACCCUACCGCCAAAGUCUUAUUCCAUUGGAAAAGGCCCAGGGGCCCUUCCUGUUCAUUGUUGGCAUGGAUGAUCACAGCUGGAAGAGUGAAUUCUAUGCUCAUAUAGCCUCUGAACGGUUACAAGCCCAUGGGAAAGACAGACCCCAGAUAAUCCACUACCCAGGCACUGGUCAUUGUAUUGACCCACCUUAUUUCCCUCCUAGUAGAGCCUCUGUGCAUGCAGUAUUGGGCCUAGCAGUAUUCUAUGGCGGUGAGCCAAAGGCUCAUUCAAGGGCACAGGUAGAUGCCUGGCAGCAAAUUCAAACUUUCUUCCAUAAACAUCUCAAUGGUAAAAAAUCUGUCAUGCCCAGCAAAAUGUAACAUUAUAAUCAUAGAUGAGGUACUAUUAAUAAAAAUCCUAUUCAUACAACA